CGAGAAACACUGCGCGAGGAGAACCUGAACGUGCGCUUUCAGGGAGCUACAGGUUAGCCGUUACUGGAGCGUCGGGGUUACAGUUGUAGCGUUCUGGAAACAAAGUAUCGUUUUAAACUGACUGAGGAAGUUGUGAAAGACUCUCUCUCUUUCUCUCUCUCUCUCUCUGUGUGUGUGUGUGAGGAAGAAAGGCGUCCAGCACUUAACGAGAGAACUUAACAUGUGAAGAAGAAGCCUGGAGUCACCCUAAGAACACGUAGUUAUGCGGCGCUUCAGUUCAGAAGGAUCCCUCCUGUGCCUGGACAUCUUUCCCUGGAAGAAUGCGUCUGAGAAAGACGACUUCCCUGAGGAGGAGGAUGAACCCGGCACGUACAGGACCUCGCCACGGAUUGUCAACCAAGCAGACCACGGAGCGACGCCUCUGUCGCCCAUGCCGGCUGCACCGCAGGCCUCCGUGAGCAGGACGGUGAAGGAGCUCACCAGGGAGCUGAGCUUUUGCAUAGAGGAUAUUAACGAGCGGGACCUGUCGCCUGAGCUGCUCAAGGUCACCAAUCUUAACGAGAGCUUUAAGGCGUAUAGUGACAGUCAGCUGGCACCGAAUGCCCUGAGCAGCGGUGAGAGUGUAGACAAGGACGACGUGCCGUCUCCAUCGUCCAUGUCCGCAGUUAAUCCGCCUUGCCUCAACUCGGGCUCGCACCAGACUCCCCAGAAUCGGCACCAUGUCCGGUCCAAGCUGUCGUCUGCUAAAUUACACCUGAAGAGUCUGUUUGGUCAGAGCCCGCACGGUUGUAAUCCUAAUAUCCCAGUCCAGGAGCACAGAGAUCAAGACAGCAGCGCGAAACAGCGGCGAUCCCGCUUCACGAAGCAGUGGAGUCAGGUGGGACACGCGAAGACCCGACUGAGCAGGGCGGAGCUGGAGAAAUGGGCCAAUUCUCUCGAUGUCAUUCUCAACAGCAGAGUGGCCACAUCUGUGUUCGGCGCAUUCCUCCGCUCAGAGUUCAGCGAGGAGAACCUCCAGUUCUACUUGGCCUGCGAGCAGUACAGACAAUCGUCCAACACCUUCAGCCUGGGACGACGCGCCAAGGAGAUCACUGCCACCUACAUUCAGCCUGGAGCACCUCGUGAGGUAAAUCUGGACAGUAAGACCCGGGACUUGACGCUGCAGCUGCUGAAAGCUCCCUCGCACACCUCCCUGUGCCAUGCUCAGAAACGCAUCCGUGCCCUACUGGAAUUUGACUGUUACCCCCGCUUCCUGCAGUCCAACUUCUACCUCACACUCCUACAGGACGCUCACUGAGGAGCAUGUAGGUCAAGGAGACAUCCUUAACCGAGGGCAUUUUAUGGACCGGUGGAUACAGGAACGCCUGAAAAAAGGCAGGCACGGACAGCGCGCGAUUGUGAAUGUCAUAAUUAUUAAAAGAUUUAAGGAUGAUAGAAUGAGCUAAUCUUCUUUCCUGUUUAAUAUAUUGUUGGGAAUAAUAGUAGAGUGGUUUAAAAGAAUGGAGUUUAUGUAAAAAAAAAAAAAAAAAAGCAAAAAAAAAAAAGCACUGAGGUCUUCUUUACACUGUAGUACGUCGAUGUCCGGCUCACACAGGCAAGCUUAGGGUAGGUAAAGUGCGCACUUGCAUGUAAUCAUUACCUAAGACGCUCGGUUCACUCCUGUCCUGCUUCAGCGAGCAAAACGGCGUGUUUACACAAAGCAACAGCUCGUCAGGCGAGACCGGCCUCCUCGCAAAGGGUCACCGCACCGGCAGGACGGGAAUAUCGUGACAUUUCCCCCCCCACAUGAAUUCCUUCCUACCUGAUUUAACGAGCGCGCUUGGAAAUCGUGUAUAGAAUUCCACACUGUUGUUUAUGUCUCCAUAGGUUUGGGCUGUUUAGAAAUAAAUCCUGUUUUAUA